AUGGACGAGAAACGGAAGUUGCUCGAAGCCGAACAGCUCAGACGAUUCGCCUUUUUCGGAAUCGCUGUGACGACGAGUGCAAUAAUGACGGCCGUGUUUGCGGUACCAAUGCUCUGCGUCUAUAUGCAAAACGUUCAGUCUGGGAUUGAAGAGGAACUGAAUUAUUGUCGGACAAAAACCGAGGGGAUACGUGGACAAUUCGUAAAGAUGGAGAAGGACCGAAUCAAGCGCCAAGUUGCUUACUCCUGUUGUUCUUGUGGAGCAGGAGGUCCUGGUCCAAUGGGUCCACCUGGUCCUGAUGGCGAUCCAGGUCCCGAUGGAGCGCCAGGCAGGCCUGGACGACCUGGCAUUGAUGCAGGAGAUCAGCUACUAAUCCCCAGUGAGGACGAUUUCUGCUUCACAUGUGAGCCUUCUCUUCCCGGACCGCCAGGAUUACCUGGUCCCAAAGGUCCGCCUGGUCUGACAGGUAAAAUCGGAGAGCCGGGACCAAUGGGACAAGCUGGUUCCAAAGGACCACCAGGAUUGAAAGGGCCACCUGGUCGUGAUGGGGAGACGGGUCAACCAGGACAGCGAGGACAACCUGGAACGUCACGAACGCUGCCUUCCCCGAAAGGUGAACAAGGUCCACGAGGUCCAGCAGGACCACCUGGUCCACCUGGAAGCGCUGGCGCACUGGGAAAACCAGGACAUCCAGGGCCACCUGGGCCUGACGGUGACCCAGGAUCAGACGGAAUUCCUGGACGGGAUGGAGAAAUAGGAGCUCCCGGCAAACCUGGAAUCGAUGGUAUGAGGGGGUCAUGUGAUCAUUGCCCUCCUGCACGCACGCCACCUGGAUAUUAG